AUGGCGAUGCCGCCGACAUCCGCAGCCGGGAAAUCUGAUCAUGAUGUUUCCGACGUUGAUACUAUAAAUUUACGACUGAUAUUAGUAAGUGGAAAAACAAAGAAAUUUCAAUUAGCAUCAAAUUCCUCAGCGCUUGAUGUAAUUCAGUAUGUCUUUGAUCAUUGGCCUGAUGAAUGGAAUGAUGAACGUGUAAAUUCAUCAUCAAUGCUAAAAUUAAUUUAUCAUGGACGGUUUUUACAUGGUAGUGUUACCCUUGGCGCAUUAUCGUUACCAACUGGGAAGACAGCUGUUAUGCAUCUCGUUACCCGUGAAAAUUUACCCGAAUCUAAUACUAAUG